UACAUAAUAAUACAGUUUGGAUUGGCAGAAGUUCACUCAGUUUCGUGUAUGAUCUAAAGGUGAAGUGAACAAAGAGGAAACAUCGAUUUAUUAAGGUGCAGGAUAAAUGGACAGGCCAACAGCAGCAAUGCUGUCACCACCAACCACCCCGCCACCGCGAGCCUCAGAAUACAGCACAGUGGAUCUAUAUGCUGUAAAGGCAUUGCUACCAUUCAACAAUGAAAGUGAAGUUGGUAAUAAAAGGAAGCUUAACAGUAACUAUUACAGUGAGAAGAUCCUGCUGCCGUCAGGCAUUACCACACCUCAGCCAUCUGACUCAGAGAGCGAGGAUACCAUAGCAGACUUGCCAGUGAGAAAACGUGCAUGCAGCCAGCCAAGCACCGGAGAUUACCAGCUUCAUCGGUUGUCACAUGCCAGCACUCCACCAAGAACACCCAGUCCAGAUGCUGUUGCACCAGUGACAUCCAUGCCAGUCUCUGUUAUCAUGAAGGUCAACAAAGAUGGGACAUUCUCACCAUAUACUGGGAGAGUAGAUGUGGCGGAAGAAGUAAAUCAAGAGUGCAAGAAGUGUGGCCAAGAAGAGGGCAUGCAGAAGGGAGCAGAGGUAAUGCAGAUGGAAUGUGGGGCAUGUACUGUGGAGAGAGCAUCAUCCCCAGAGCCGUGUGAGGGCAAUAUACUGAAGAGCCUCAAAUACAAAAUGAGCACUAAGAAGGAGCUGAUCUUUGUGAACAGCAAGGACACGAACCGAGAGGGCAGCGAUAUCCUUAACAAGAGCGCACACACUGUACCUGCUUCAUCAUCAUCUCUGUCAUUUCCAUCAUCACCACCAAAUGCUCAGGGUAUCCUUCGAUCUCAGAUGAAUCUCUCUCAUCAUUCGUUUGCUCCCAGUAUUAGUCAGAACAAUCCUCCAGUGGCCAUUGCUCCAAAACUGGCUGUUGCUCCACCACCGCCCCGCCCUGUCUUCCCCCUGGUGUCUGUUCCCUGCACCACCAAUAAUGUAAAGCAGGGUUCUGAGAAGAACACCACCCAAGCUGUGAUAUUGACGGGCGGGACACUCAUUCCCGUGACAGCUGCCACUUCCCAGCAAGUGCCUGCAUCUCCUCAGACAUCUGUAACCCACAUUGUGUUGACGCCACAAACACAGCAAGACGCAAAGCUCUGUUCUGCAACCAGCAUCGUCCUGUUUGCGGCAGCACAGCAGCAAAACAAAGAGUCGCCACCAGGUGUGGAUUCCCGGCGACGUGUGUAUGAAUGUGACUAUCCAGGAUGUGGGAAAAACUACUUCAAAUCAUCACAUCUUAAGGCUCACAUGCGAACCCAUACAGGAGAGAAGCCAUUUGCAUGUCAGUGGGACCGGUGCGGGCGCCGGUUCUCACGUUCUGACGAACUCUCCCGUCAUAAGCGUACGCAUACCGGUGAGAAGAAGUUUGGCUGCAGUGUGUGCGCACGCCGCUUCAUGCGCUCUGACCACCUGGCGAAGCAUGUGAAACGGCAUGCUCGUGAAGCAGGUCCCAGAACUCGGGGCCCCCUGCAGCUACCACCACAACCCCUGCAGCUCAGCUUAGUGCUGCCCCAGCCAACUGUAAUACCCCUUUGCCCCAUGUCUCAAAACACCCAGCCUAUGUAACACCAGUGCUAUCAAAGUUUCUCUUACUUUAUCAUAUUUGCUUGCUAUUUGCCCAUUGGGGUCUGGAUUUUCAUUACUGGGCCCUUAGCUGAGAAGUUGUUUAUCAACUUUUCUGUUUUAAUGUGGCUGUACUCUAUCGUAGAUUUAUCAUUUGGUAGUUUGGAUUUACGUUUUAAAUUUAAACAUAUAUUGCUUGUGGUUUUUGAGGAAUUUGAGUGCAUUGAUGUGGUGUUCUUUUAAUGUAAUCAAGCAUUCUUUCUUAUUCUUUUUCAAAGUGAAACACAUUCCAAAGUUCUAAUUUCUUCUCUAUUCAGUGUUGGUUGGGUGUCAGCAAAGGUAGCUGAGCACAUCUGAGCCUUGUCAGUUGUAGGGGGUUUUGAUUUUAUAUUCACAAAUGAUGAAAGGGGUAAUUGCCAGCAGGGGUGGAGUUCAUGUUUGCUUGCAGAUGUUGGGUCAUAACGGAGAUGUAUGCGUGUACCAAGACUGAUUGAGCACUAAGCAAUUUUCAGGGUUUUUUUAAUUUGUUUUAAUACAAAUCUGUGAUGUAUAUAGUAAUUGUGCAGUUAAGUAGAAAAUAAUUUAUUACUACCAAUCAACUGAGCUUUAUAUUUGUAUUAACCAUGACCAGUAAGAGAUAAAGGAAAAACAAAUUGCUUCUAGAAAUCUUUUCAUGAAACCUGAAGGUUGUUAUUUCUCAUCAUAUCUUUUUAUCUGUGCAUUGCUAUCACUUUAACAAUUGUAUAUCAUAUAUUAUUAUAGUAAAAUCAUAUAUGUUUUAA